AAGCUCAUUACACCUGCACUUCAGAGCACAGCACUUGCAGCUGCACUCAUGACUCUACUGGACCACCAACGCGCCCAAGAGCGCACCGAAGCGGCUGAAGCGCACCAAAAAGACGAAAAGCACGGCCUAUUAAUAACAAAGAAAGACGCCAAAGCGAAGCCGCCGUGCCCGCCAACGAAGAAAUUAAGAUCCCAGGCCUUCGUCCUCGACCAGAUGCGGCACAGCAUGAAGUUCUUCUCUCCCGAACGAGCUAUUGAUGAGAGUGGUGGCUACUUCCACUUCUUUGCGGCGGACGGUUCGAUCUUCGACGCGGACACUAAAGUGUUGGUCACUCAAGCUAGAUUUAUCUUCUCUCUAUCUGUCGCGGCGGAGCACCUGAAAGACCCCAAAUAUCUCAAAGCCGUCGAGCACGGGGUGUCGUGGUUGGCGACGGGACCCCUGCGGAACAAAGCAAAUGGCGCCUACCACUGGGCACUGAAAGAUGGAAAACCGACGUCGUCUAAAAUAUUCACCUACGGCCUCGCGCAGUGUCUGCUGGCCUACGCGGCAGCACUCAGGGCGGGGUGCAAGGCCGCGGCGCCUUACCUAAAUGAGACGUGGGAGACGCUUGAAACUAGAUUAUUCGUGGAAAGGGACGGUUUGUAUGCCGAGGAGGCCUCAUCAGAUUGGAAGAUUGAUAAAUAUCGAAGUGAAAGUGGCAACCUGCACAUGACCGAGGCGCUCAUCGCGUGCUACGAAGCUACGAGUGAUCAAAAGUUCCUCGAUAGAGCGCUGCUCGUCGCGGACCGGAUCUGCAAUAAGGCGGCGGGCCAGACGCAGGGUCUCGUCUGGGAGCACUUCGACGAAACUUGGACCGCGAAUCUCGAGUUCGACAACGACAACGAGGCUCUCAAGAUCUUCCGGCCCUGGGGCUUCCAGCCGGACCCUGUGUGGAAAUCAAAUUUCGGACGCCCCACGCCAUCGACGCGACAUCGUCCCCGCAACUGCAUCUGCUCGAUGGCGUGGAGGUUCCACGCCAUCGACGCGACGUUGUCCCCGCAACUGCAUCUGCUCGAUGGCGUGGAGGUUCCACGCCAUCGACGCGUUGUCCCCGUAACCUAACUCACUGGUUGAUUUCCACACAGGCCUGGCCAUCAGGUGGAAUGGGCGCGCUUUUUGUUGACGAUUGAUCGGCAUUGUAAAGCGGCGGGCCAGGCGCGGUGGUGGCUCUUACCGAAAGCGCGCUUCCUCUUCGACGUCGCUACUGACAAGGCCUGGGACGACGAGUUUGGCGGGCUGUGCUACUCGAUUGAUUUGGAUGGGGCCGUCUGCAACGGCGACAAGAUCUUCUGGGUCCAGUGCGAAUCGAUCGGGACGGCCGCGAUGCUCGCUUCCACUACUGGCGAGGACAAGUAUUGGCAGAUAUAUGAUAAAUUGUGGCGCUACAGCUGGGACAAGUGGGUCGACCACGAGCACGGGUCCUGGUUCAGGCGCAUGAACCGGGAGCACGUGCCGUACUUUACGGAGAAGACCAAGUUGUCGUUGUGUGUGGACCCGGACUUCCACAUGCUCGGCGCCUAUGCGGGUUGUCUGACGUUUAUGAAUGACGCGGGCGUGGCCUAGGUUAUUUAGUAAUUUUCGCUUAGAGAGA